GAUGAUUAGGACGGUGUUUACUUAAUUUCGAUUGACAUUUCUUAAUAUCGCAACAAUAAUUUUUUUUAAUUAUAAAAUUUAAUGCUACAUUAGUGGCGUGCGUAUUCGUUGUCGUAGAGAAUUAGUUGCAGCUACCGUUCGUCAGGUAUAUUUACAAUAGUUGACGUUGAGUUCACAGUGUUUUCAUCUGUUCGCACAGCAGACGUUAGGCUUUCCAUUGCCGAUUAAAAUCGCGAUUGGACACAAAAUGUCCUAUACAUGUAACAUAACUAUUGAAAAACAUUGUAUGACGUUUGAAACGUUGUUGAUGUUUUAAGUCGAUUAUUUGCCCGAAUCGGUGUAGCGUUUUGUUUCAGUAUCGCAUUGACGUCAAACCGCCACAAUGAUUGCUGAAGGGACGCAUUAUAUAAAACGAAGAGUAAGAUCUGGAGCUGUAGAUGCACAUCCAACAGAACCUGCUAUUGUAGUAAAUUAUGAAUUGGAUGCAUUUGUUCUUGGUGAAAAUGGAGAACCUGUAAUAGGCGAUCAUAAGGAAUGUCAAAAAGUAAUACACUUAAAAAGUUUAAAUAAUAAUACAGAUUGUAGAGCAUUGGCGAAAGAAGUAAUACAUAAAUGUAACCUUAUACAUGAAACAAAAUUAUAUGAUGUAGAGCAUUUAAUUUACUAUUUGCAAACUCGUUCAACUGCAAAUAAUAAAAUUAAAGAAGACAAAAAUCAAUUGGGAUUGGAGAGUAGUCCGUCUAGUAUAUAUCACAUAUGUGGAUUAAUGCCCGAAGAUAAAGCGAGUUUAGCUAAAAUUGAUGAAUAUAUUGAAAUGUUAUACGAUGAUAUGCCUCAAAAAGUACGUGGUUCUGGAUUCAUACUAAAAGUAACCUGCGAUAAAGAUAACCUUGAAGAACUAUCAUCAUCAGAACCGACCAUGAGCGCUUUAGCAAGAGUGCUCCGAGAAGAAUAUCGCAAGAGUUUUGAACUGAGUUCAAAUAUAAUAAACAUAUUUCUUUGUUUUUCUGCAUAUAAAAUAUUUCAUAAAAUGCUUAUUGACCACAAAAUUUGUUUGCUCUGUAUAGAAGUGCUAGAAUAUGAAUUGAAUCGUUAUGAUAAGCUUAAAAGUCAAAUAGUAAGUGCUCCUCGUGAAUCAAAACCAUCAAAAGUACCAACACCUUCAAAACUACCAGUCCCAAGAAGUGCUCCUAUAACAUCUAAAAUUGUUCGAAGUCAAAUACCUAUAAGUGCUAGUACUAAUAGUGACAGUCGAAGGCAUUCUGCAUCUUUUGAAAAUGUAAAACAAACUGUAAAAGAUAAGACACAAAAAUCUUUAGACACAAAUAGUAUAAAAACAGGAAUAUUAGCAAGAAGUCCUGACGAAUUAGCUGUACAUCAGCUGAGAAGAAAUUUGUUUAAAUUAGGAAAAAAUCAGGAUCAAGCAUUAAAAGGUGCUGUUGAACUAAUAUAUAACUUAACGAUUGAUAAAACUAUGGAAGAAAAAGUUGUUCGCAAAGGCAUUAUAAAGUUAUUAUGUCUUUUAUUGGAUAGAACAAGUACUGAUUUACUUUUAAUGAGUAUUAAAUUAUUAAUACAACUAUCAGUUUAUAAAGAACAUGUAGAUAAAAUGAAAAAAUAUUCAAUAGUUGAAAAAUUACCCAAAAUGUUCAUGAUGAAAAAUCCCAGUUUGGAAAAUUAUACUAUUAAAUUUUUAUACAAUUUAUCAUUUGAUGUAACACUUAGUGAUGAGAUUUUAAAAGUUGGACUACUACCAAAGAUAACAGAACUAAUAGGCACAGAAGAAAGUAGUGAAUUGGUUUGUAGACUAUGUUACCAUUGUAGUAUGGACGAUCGAUCUCGAGCCUUGUUUUCACAUACAAAUUGCUUAUCAAAGAUUGCAGAUUUAUUAUUGACAUUUAAUCAGUACAAUUUAAUAUUGGCUGCAUUAUGCACAAAUUUAACUUUAAAUGAACGAAAUUCACAACUUUUAAUUGCAAAACAAGGUUUGAAACCUUUUGUUCAGUUAGCUAUUGAUACAUCAGAUUUAAUGUAUUUUAAAAUCCUUCACAACAUGUCUAGUCAUGAGUCUUUAAAACCCCAAUUUGUAGAACUUAUUGGACAUUUUGCUCAUUUAGUUACUAUAUUAAAAGAUAUUGAAUGCAUAAUCGAAUGUGUUGGAAUUAUUGCUAAUGUAAAUGUUCCGGAAGUAGAUUUUAAAGAACUUUUGGAGUCAAAUAAUUUAAUUUCAUGGAUGGUCCAGUUUGUGAAUAGUGCAUGCAAACCAAAUCAAACUGUAACAGAUGCAAGAUUAUUGAUAGAAGUUAUAAAACUCUUGGGGACAGUAUCAAAGGAUGAAAACUGUGGUGAAUUACUUUAUGAACAUGGAACAAUUCAGCAAGUCAUCAAUUUAUUAAAAAAUCAAAAGGGAGAUGAUGAAUUAGCAAUACAAAUUAUGUACCUUCUAUAUCAGCUUAUGUGUCAUCCAAUUACAGGAGAUUAUAUUAUACAAAAUACAGAAUGCCCAAUUUAUAUAAUCGGUUUAAUGCAUGAUCCAAACAUUCGAGUUCGUAAGAUGAGCAACUACUGUCUUGAUAUUAUAAAGGAGUUUGAUGAAACGUGGACCAAAAAAAUAAGGGCUGCAAAGUUUUGCUGGUUUAAUGCCUAUUGGUUAAAUAUGAUGAAAAAUGAAUGUGAUGUGCCAAAUAUAAAACCUAAAUAUGAUACUAAUAAUGAAAUAAAUUUGUAUAGUUAUGUACAUCAAGCAAUACUAAUGCCCGAAGAUGAUUUUAUGUAUGAUAAAGAUGAUAAUAUUGAGAUAAUGUCAACAAAAUCACACACUAAUAGUAGUCGGCCAGAAAGCAGAAAUCUAGAUGAUAGAUUUGACUAUGAGAUUGAUGCAUUCAACGAAGAGCAGUACAACAAUGAUAAUUAUGAUGAUGAUAUGACAAGUAUAGGUGGACAUUUGAUGCAAAAAUUUACUAACAACAUUAUUCAUUUUACAGAUUAAUUUUCUUUUUUAUUCUAUUUUGUUAUGUUACCACAUUUCACUAUAUUUAUAUUAUAAUUUAUUAUUAUAUCUAAAACUAACAUUAUUAACCAUCUAAUUUAGUGGAGAAGUCUAAAAAGUAAUCAACUACUAAAUAUGUAAUUUCACAUUAUUUUGCAUAAAUCAAUAUAAUAUAAUUAUAUAGAUAAUCAAAUAAUUACUAAAACAAUAUAAUAAUAAUAUUUAUGUAAAAUGAUAAUUUUCUUUUAUUAUGAAUACUAUUAAUAUUAUGAUUUUAACCCUAAAGUACACGCUGCAGUCAUUUGUUCAUUAUUUUAAGAAUUCAAAAUAUUUACAUAAUCUAACCUAAUUACCUUCAAAUUAGAUGAUAAACUAAAAUUAGAUAAAACUCCCAAUUGUAUAUGACCUGAUGUCAGUAAUGUUGUUUUCAAAAUUCAUUACCUAUUGAAAGUACUGUCUAAAAGACCGUGUGCGUGAUAGACUGACAUUAAAUUUUAAUUUUAUGAAAACCAUUUUUUUUUUUUAAAUGUGUUUUCUAAAAAUGGCUGGCUGAUAAAACGAUAUUGUUCGUAUUAAUAUUUACUAUACAAUUUAUUGAGUUUUAAUUGAAAUAUUUCAAUUUGCGGUCAAAAAACACACUGUGCGUGUAUUCUCCUGAAUAUUUUUCAUGCGUGUAAUUUAGGGUUGAUAUCCUUAAGUUGGUUUUCAUUUUCUAUCAGAUUAAAACUUGAAACUUUUUAGUUUAUCUUAUAAACACUAUAAUGAAAGUAAACGUUAUGUUAAAUUUUAAUACCGUAAGGAAGUAAAUACGUAUAUCCAUUGAUUGUAAUUUUGCUAUUGUAAACAUCGAAAUUAUUUAUUCUUUAAUUGUUACUAUUGUACAUGGGCUGUAUUCAAAUCUAAUUGAUUAUCUGCCCCAGUUAUUUUUAUUAUUGGUGUAGACAGUCAAUCGUUAAUAUUAUUAAAUUUGACAUAAAAAAACAUUAUAAUAUACUGGUACUAUUACUAUUCAAAAGUAUAAAAAGUUUGGUAGCUCAAAAAAAGCUCAAUGGCAGUGAACAAAUAUAUUAUUAUAAAAUAAAAUAUGUUAUUUUUAUAUUCGUUUUUCAUAAUUCUUCGGUCUACUAUAAAUUCAAAACAAACUAUGUGUAAUUUAUCUAGUUAAAUAAAUAUUAUAUGAUAUUUUUGAUAAGUUUUUGUAACACUCAGAAAUGUUUUAUAAUAAUUAUAAUCAUUAUUAUUAAAAAAAAAAAUAUGUUUUCAAACAAUAUUUUAAUUUGGAAUUGGAUAUAAAAUAAUUUGAGUACAUUAGUUAGCACCGCUCAAAACAUUGUAAUACAUUUUCACAUUUUAUAAUACACACAUAUUAUAUAAUGACUUAUAUCACUUCAAAUUUAAAAUAGUUAUCAUCUAUCUUUUUUAAUAUUAUAUACCUAGAUUUAUAUUUUAUAUUUAGUAUUUAUAUUUAUAAAAACUCCACUGAAUUAAUUUGGUAAUUUUGUGUUGUAAAAAAAAUAUUUAUUUUAACAUUUAUUUGUUUUAAAUUUAUAAACACAAAUAAUAGGUGUAUAUUUAUUCAGUGUGUCCCAUGAAGAAUUUACCGGCCAGCGUCAUAUGAUAGUAUAUCUUAAGUCAUGAAAAAUACCUUUAAAGGAUGGGUCUAACUUUUUAUUUUUUUAGUUAUGAGCAAAUCAACUUUUUUUAAACAAAACCAAACUACCUCACAUUUAUCUUUAAAACUUUUCAACUUUUUACCGUAAUUAUUAUUUUAAUUUUAAAGCAAUGUUAUUGUGCUAUCAAUUAACAUACACAAUCAUACUAAAAAUGAACCAAUCGUUUUUAUUAAAUUAAAAAAAUUAAUAUUUUUGAAUAGAAUCGUGUAUUUACUACAGUUUUUAUUUUUAUUCCAUUAUUCUACAGAAUAACACCUAGAAUACCUUAAACAUUUUACCUCUUUGUGAGUACAUGUCUCAUUAAAGUCAUGUUUAGCAGUGGUAUCAGUCAGAAAUUAUGGAAGAUAUGACUGUAGAAAAUAAGGUAUUAUUUGGAGUUAUAUGCAAUUUCUUUUAAAAAAUGCUUAUUUUUUUUAUUUAAUAAUAAUGAUUUGUACAUUUCUGGUUUAAAUAGUAUUGGUAUGUUAGUUGAUAGCACAAUAAAAAAAAAUUACGUUAAAAAGUUGAAAAGUUUUGAAGAUAUAUCAGCAAAUGUGCGAUUAGUUUGGUUUUGUUUAAAAAAAGUUUAAAUUGCUCAUAACUAAAAAAAUUAAAAAGUCAUGUGCACCCUUUAAAGGGUUUUUUUUCAUAACUUACGUUACACUAUCAUAUGAUGCCGACUGGUCACUUCUUCACGGGACACAUUGUAUAAAUACUCACGGUCUCAAAAUGAAUUAUUGGCCCAGUCAUAUUUAUAUUAGUAUUUAGGAUUUCCAUUAAAAAUUGGUAAAAAAUACAUUUUUAUUUUGAACUUAAUGUGAUCUGUUUUAUAAUAAGUUAAUUUACUAAUUGUUUAUGUUAAUACUCAUUUUCUUAAAUUAUAUUACUAAUUUAAUUUUAAUUUUUAAAGUUAUACCUAAAAAAAAACCAAAGAAAAAUUAUUAUUGUUAUUUUUUGUUUGUUUUAUUAGUUUAUUCUAAUUAAAAUAUGAGUCUCAACUCAUAAAUAUGUAUUCAUCUUAAAAUACAUUCCUUUUAAACUUAUAUUCACAGUAUUAUUAUAAUUAACUGCACUAUCUACCUACUUAUUUUGUAUACUUUCAUUGUCUGCAUAGUUUUGUUUCAGUUCAUAUUAUUUUAUGUAAUACAAUUACCACUACUAUUAUUAUUUUAUUUAAGAUAUUAUUAAUUAGUUUCUAUUGCUCUUCUAACAUAUUAUUUAUUCCAUACAAAUUUUUAUAUUAAUUUAAUAAUGUAACAAAAUAAAUAGCUAUAUGAAAUGUCAGAGUAUAUAACUUCUAUAUUUGUUUUAUAAAACAAUUAUGUAUAACUUAUUAUUUAUUAUAUGUCAAUUUUGUUUUCAUGAUUGUUACCUAUGUUAAAAAUAAGUUAAUAUAGAUACGCACAAAAUUACCUAAAUAUUUAUGUAAGCAUAAUAAUUGUGUUCUUGCCGCCUAUU